AUGCCACCAAAGCAGGAUCAAGGGCAGUCUGUGGACAAGUCGAGAAAGCGGCCGGCUGAUGGUCCGUUGGCCUCGUCUCAGUACAAGAAACCGAAGACGCAGGGAGGCAAGCCGAAACCACACACCAGUGCGGACGCUGGCAACAACAAACCCGCUGCUUCGGCUCAGGGUGCUGCAGCAGGGAAGGCCAAGUUUCCUCAGAAUUCAAAAGAUGGCCGAUCUCAGUCCAACAAGUCCGACAAGGCCCCCGGCACGGCCAAGGAUGGCCAGUCGAGUCGUAGAGAACCAUCAAGGCCGUUCAUGAAGAUGAGGGACAUCCGAGCCAUUGCUGCCCAGUCCUCAGACGCGGCUCUCAAGGAUGGCGAGCUCGACGUGCAGAGCUUUCUCAACGCCCGCGGCUUCGAGAUCAAGGCCCUCGACGAGAGUAUGCGGCGCACCAGGGGCUCCAACAUGAGCCGUGCUUUUCAGAAGGUGCCUUUCACCAUGAGGCGCCGGGCUGCGGCCCAUAACCACAAGAGGGUGCCCAAAAGGCUUCAGCGGAGGGCCAAGAGGGAGAUGGAGGUCGACAACACCCCCACGGUAAAUUCCAAGACCAGGAAGCCCAAGACCACCCGCAGUCGGUUGCGUGCCGAAACUGCCCGCAGGCUGGGUAAGCUGGCCGAGAGGAAGAGGAAACAGAAACUUCUGAAGCAGGGCAAGGACGGCAAGCUUGACGAAAUCACCGUAACCACGCGACUUGCGAGGCCCAAGAUCAGGCGCAACGCUCUCAAUGACCCGAUAGUGACCGCCAAGAAGUUCAGAAAGAGGCAGAAAGACAAGACCUGGCUACCUACACAUCUCUGGCACACGAAACGAGCAAGGAUGACGCCACCCAAGGAGCCAAUGUGGAGAUUCGCCAUACCUCUGACCCCUAACCAGAAGUGUUAUCGACCCACGCAUCGCGCCCAGUGGGAGAAGGGGGCAAUCGCGUGGGACAUGAGCUAUAUGAGCACCAUCAGCCUAUGCGGAACCGAAGGUAGCGUGAGCCACGUGCUCAAAGCCGUCGGCCUGAAGGCGGAGAGCCUCUGGAACGAGAAAGGCAAGAGAUGGAGGUCUGGGGCCGUCCACUGGACAGGAAUGCUGAGCAUGCAGAUGGAUGGAGUCAGUAAAACCACUGGGCCGGGCGCUGUUAUUUGGAACCCGGAGCCAGCAUCUUCAGAUGAAACCCCAAACUCGGAGAAGACCGUCUGGAGAAAGCUUUUCAUCAGACUCCAUCCAUCUAUGUUCCUGGACACCUUCAACAACUUGGUCCGACUGGCAAAGGGGCUUUCCCCCCGCCCCUAUGUUGAGGACCUGCGCUAUGAAGUCGGAAGCAUCGACAUAACAGGCCCCGAUGCGACAGAGGCUCUACUGGGUGUUCUCAAGCCUUACCCCUUCGCUCCAGACGCUCAAGAACCUCAUGCUAGCAGAUUCGGGUAUUUGGCCGGUUCUAGUGGCCCUGCUGUGUUGCCGGCAGGGUCACUCCUUGCUUUCUCAGUGAUGGAUCCCCGACUCCUUCACCAGGCGAGACGCACCCAGAAGCCCGCUGAGACUCAGCAGGCAGACCAUGCAUCCUUCCACCAGGCAUUACUGGCUUUGCACAAGGAUACAACUCUGAAGCCUAUUGACCUCUUCGAUCGGGAUGCUCGGUUCAAAGCAUGCCAACUUCCAUCUCAGAAAUCUAUCAACAGACGUAAGGGCAAGAAAGCACCCGGCGCUUCGCUUGAGCCGACCAAAGCGGAUCCUCACAUACCAAUUAUCCUGCUCGCUUCCCGCCAAUCAAACACUACAGGUACCUGGACGGUUUUGAUGCCAUGGAAGUGCGUACUACCUAUUUGGUACACCUUGAUGCACUAUCCCUUAACAUCGGGAGGGAACCCCAGCUUUGGCGGGCUUAACGAAAUCCGCCAGUUGGCAUUCGAGCAGAGCGCCCCGUGGUUCCCUGGCGAUUUCCCAGCAACCAAGGCCGGAUCUGCAUGGGAGUUGCAAGAGAGGGAUGUCCGGAGGAAAGCCUGGGAGCGGAUGCCAAAGGGAAAACGAGUGAACUACAAGACCCUUGAUCUCGGCGCUGGCCGCCAAGGCGAGAUCGGAGAGGGCUGGAGUUGCGAUUACGAAAGACUCAUGAGUCUUGAUUCACUGCCUGCUACUGAGCAGCAAGAUGUCGAAAUGAAAGACCAAGAAGAUCAUCCUCCGGCGUCUGGAGGUGAACCGAACCAGGCAGCGUCCCAGACAGAGCUACUAUCCCGCCUGUCUCACCUAUCAAAGUCUGCAAUGAACACACAUCUCAGAUCCGCGGCGGGAACACCGCCACCUACCAGUCUGGUUACAGUCAAGAUAACUUACCUCGGUCGAGGUGUCCCGGGCGCUUGUGCUCGAAUUUACAGACUGCCAACCAGAACCACUGCUAUUUCGACCCAGGCAGAAGUGCCAGCAUCUGACCCACCGCCUUCUAAGAGCAGCGGUCUCCCGUCAGACCUGCGAGAGCAAUGGCUCGAGACACUCCCAAGGAAAGGCAAACAAGCGCAAGGAAAGCCGGGCCUAAAGCACAACACCUCAACUGAUGUCAACCUCGAAACCAGGAAGAGGCUGUUAGCACAGGAGCUCAUAACGCCUACUCAACCUCUAAGGAAUGGUGAAGGUAUCAAUGGACACCUACUUUGUCCUAACCCAGACGACCUAAUUGGAUUCGUCACGUCAGGUAGUUUCAAUCUGAGAAGCGGGCGCCCUGAAGCCAUCGGCAGUCUUGAGGGUCAGAAAGCGCUGGAAGAGCUCAAGAGGUACAAAGACAAAGGCGAUCGUGCGUCGAGAAUAUGUGUUGUACGGAAUGCAGGACAGAACAUAGGAUGGAUAGCCAAGUGGGAAUUGGUUUAA